AUGCAAGACGACAGUUUAGAAUCCUCCACGUCAAUAUCUCAACUGCUGAGAGAAAGUUAUUUAGCUGAAACUAAGCAUCAAGGGAACAGAGAAAGAAGUAGAUCGGAACCAGCUUCGCACAAUUUCCAUUACGGCAACACUUCUGGCGACGCAGAUGAGGUAGCCACCCAAGAUGACCUUCCAGAUCUCUCUGCCUUUCUGAGCCAAGAAGAGUUAGAUCAGAGCGUAAACCUUGCAAGACAAGCUAUUGAUCAGAAUCCACUUGAAACUAAACAGGAUGAGCUUCAGACACAUUCACAUCAUCCCUCUGACCUGCUGAAAAACACAGGAAAAACAGUUCCGAACAAGCAAAUGGCCCAGUCUACAGCUCUGAAAACAUCAGACAACGGCCUGCACUCCAACUUUUCCCAGGACCACGUCAGAGAUGCAAAGGGCUCCAAAGGGAACGCUCAAGAUCUGAAGAAACAACAGCUUCCCUCCGAAUCAGAAUCGAAGAAGGAAUUCCUGAACAAGGCAGCCGAUUUUAUUGAGGAGCUCUCGUCACUUUUUAAAGCUCACAACUCAGAAAGAAUAAGACCCCGAACAUGCAAAAACUACCGGAGUAAAAUUGAUUCUAAGAAUAAGUCUGCUCAGAAAGGUAGCUCUAGCUUUUCUAGUACAUCAGAAAACAGAGAAAGACUUUCCAUUCCAAUACCUCAAGAUCUGGAAAAUGAAGCAGAGAAAACACUUGAACAAACAGAUGACCAUCAGACAGCAAUUCUGGAAUCUAUUGAUCAAUUAGCAAGUGCAGAGCUAAAGCCCGAGUCAGAGUCUGCAUCUGUAUAUUCUGAUGAGCCCAUCGGACAACCACCGCGCUUUACGCAAAAGUUGAAGAGCAGGGAAGUUCCUGAAGGAACCAAAGUGCAAUUGGACUGCAUUGUGGUAGGAAUCCCAGCACCAGAAGUCAGGUGGUACUGUGAAGGGAAGGAGCUUGAAAACUCACCAGACAUCCAAAUUAUCCAGGCAGGAGAUCAACACUCCUUAGUUAUCGUUGAAGCUUUUGAGGAGGAUACGGGACGUUACUCCUGCUUUGCUUCAAACAUCUAUGGAACGGACUCCACUUCUGCAGAGAUUUACAUAGAAGGAGUCUCCUCUUCUGACUCUGAAGGCGAAACCAUCAAAGACGAAAUGGAUCAUACCCCAAGGCCAGCUGACGUCUCAUCGAACGCAGCAUCCCCUGCUGCCAAAGCUGCAGCCAAGCAUCCAGAAACCCCCAAGGCACCAUCUGCUGCGGCGCAGGCUGCGUCAGCGCCAGCGAAUCAGGCUCAAAGCCCCGCUAACUAUUUGCAAGGACUGGAUGGAAGACCUAUAAUAGCUGCUCCUGUAUUUACAAAGAUGUUACAGGAUAUUUCGGCUUCCGAAGGGCAGCUUGUUGUCUUUGAAUGUCGGGUGAAAGGAGCGCCUUCUCCAAAGGUUGAGUGGUACAGAGAAGGAACACUCAUAGAAGAUUCCCCAGAUUUCAGGAUAUUACAGAAAAAACCGCGAUCUAUGGCUGAACCAGAGGAAAUUUGUACUCUGGUAAUCGCGGAAGUUUUCUCAGAAGAUUCUGGCACUUUUACAUGCACCGCGAGCAAUAAAUAUGGCACAGUGUCUAGCAUAGCGCAUCUAUCUGUCAAAGCAUCUGAAGACAGGAACAACGCCAAUGUUGCUGCUCUUCAUACCAUGAGCUCAAUCAGCCUAAUUGCUGCCGAACAGCAGCCGCCGGCACCUACUCCACCCAAUCCCGCGGCCAACCAGCCCCCGAAGCCUAAACUCGAGGGGGUCCUGGUGAACCACAACGAACCCCGCUCCAGCUCUAAGAUAGGGCUCCGUGUGCACUUCAAGCUGCCCGAAGACGAUAAAAGUGAAUCCUCAUCAGAGGAUGGACCUGGGGCUGCAAACCAAGGCAGACCCAGCUAUUUCCCCGAGAAGAUAAAUGGACAGGCAACGAAAAUACCAGAGCCAACAUCACCCUCCAAGGAACCCCCACCGGUGCUGGCUAAACCAAAGCUUGAUCAGACGCAGUUAAAACAGCUCCACAACCAGGUCUUGUUCGAACAGCAGCUGCAUCAGAUUUCCACGAGAGAGCUGUCCCUGAGCUCGGCUUUGCUGCACUCUGCCGCCUCCCUCCAGCAGCAGCCCGCCCCAGCCGUGCUCAAACAAGGCAAAGCCUCUCCUUCGCAAUCAUUCAACUACACCCGGCCCAAGCAGUUCCUGCCAGCACAGACCACAUCACCCACCAGUUCGUCGUCUAGCUCCUCAGCGACCUCGUUCAGCAAUGUGCCCCAGGGAACCCUAAGAACAAGUAACAAGGAAAAUGUCAUAGGAACUUCCCCGGCUGCCCAGUCAAGGGCUUCAGGAGGGUUUACAAGCAAAAGCGAGCAGCCCCUGCCAAGUCCUAAGGAAUCCAUGGCGCCUCCGUUAACGGUUUCCCCACCGAGUGGGAAGCAGUUUCAGCCCCAAAGUGUGACUCCUGCUCCUGUGUCCCCAACCAGCCGGGUGCAGAAUCCAGUAGCGUUUCUUAGUGCGGUUCUCCCUUCCCUUCCCACUGCGCCAUCCACUAACGCAAUGGGGCUGCCCAGAAGUUCCCCAGUUACCUCAACGCAGGGAUUAACCAAAAAAAAUCUGAAGCCUCUGGCGUUAUCAACAGAUGAUUCUAUUCGGGACAACAAAGCUGCAGUUUUAAAGGACCUGGAAAGAAAACUGCAUUUCAGAGAGGAUGAGAGCCAAAGUCAGCAGGAAUAUAAGAUUUCAAGCUUUGAGCAGAGGCUCAUGAAUGAGAUAGAAUUUCGCCUCGAACGAACCCCAGUGGAUGAGUCAGACGACGAAGUCCAACACGAUGAAAUCCCUACAGGCAAAUGCAUAGCUCCAAUUUUUGAUAAGAGACUCAAGCAUUUUCGUGUCAUGGAAGGGUCUCCUAUUACAUUCACUUGCAAAAUAGUUGGAAUACCUGUGCCCAAGGUAUACUGGUUCAAGGAUGGCAAGCAGAUUUCAAAGAAAAAUGCACAUUUCAAAAUGAGCAGAGAAGGAGAUGGGACAUGUUCUUUACAUAUCGGAACUACAGCUAAUGAUGAUGAUGGCAACUAUACAAUUAUGGCUGCAAACCCACAAGGCAGAAUCAGUUGUUCAGGUCACCUGAUGGUCCAGACAAUUCCAAUUCGGAGCCGAAUAUCAACAAUUCAGUCCCACAGAACACGGUCCCGGGUGCCAGAAGGAGACAAAGAAGGAGUUCAAGAACGCUUUUUCAGGCCCUAUUUUCUACAGGCUCCGGGUGACAUGGUAGCACACGAAGGGCGGCUUUGUAGGCUGGACUGCAAGGUGAGCGGGUUACCCACGCCAGACCUGAUGUGGCUCCUCAACGGCAAACCUGUGUUACCAGACACCACGCACAAGAUGCUCGUCAGAGAGACAGGGGUUCACUCGCUGCUUAUUGAUCCUCUCACACAAAACGAUGCUGGAACUUACACUUGCCUUGCCACUAAUAAAACAGGACAAAAUUCAUUUACGCUGGAACUCACUGUUGUAGCAAAGGAAGUAAAAAGAGCUCCCAUGUUCCUGGAGAAACUCCAGAACUGCGGUGUUCCUGAGGGGUACCCUGUCAGAUUAGAGUGCAGGGUAGUGGGAAUGCCACCCCCUGUGUUUUACUGGAAGAAGGACAACGAAACCAUCCCCUCAAACAGAGAAAGGAUGAGCAUGCACCAAGACACAACGGGAUACGUCUGCCUUCUGAUUCAGCCUGCCAGGAAAGCAGAUGCUGGCUGGUACACCUUGUCCGCCAAAAACGAAGCCGGUAUCGUCUCCUGCACUGCUAGACUCGACAUAUAUGCUCAGUGGCACCGUCAAAUUCCGCAGCCGAUAAAGCUCCGAGCUGGCAGCGGCCGCUACGCAAACCUGAGCGGCCAAGGACUUGACGUGUUUUCUGCCUUCCCCACUACUGAAAGCCCAGUGCUAUUUUCAUCCCCGCCUCGAAAUGUAGUGGAAAGUGAAGAACUUUGAAAAAGAGUCGUUCCGGUGAUACCUGCAGAUAUACUAGAACUGUGAAAAACAUAAAAGAGGUACAAAUCAA